AAAUUCAACAUUAUUUUUUCUUCCCUUUCAUGCCUCUCCCCCAAUUAAUCUUGAUUUAUUAGAGGGUUCAAAUCUCGAACCCCCAUCGUGUCCGUAAUCCUUCUUCCAAAUUUCCAACUUCCCUCUGCCUCUUCUAAUGGUAUCGUAUCUUUCGAUGGAAGGGUUUGUAAGGGUUUAAGCUCAACCAAACCCUAAACCCUAAAUUUCCCAAUUUCUUCUUUCGAUCUUCCACUCUCUCCCUUUCCAUCUCAUAAAUUUCGAAUCCAUACACUCUCACCUCAUGCCCUCAGAUCCAAUCCGCACCCUUUUAUCACUGAAGUGAGUGGCGUUGUUGAGGUGUGGUUCUUGGUGGGGUUUUGAGAUGAUGAAUGAUAGUGAUUUGGGGAAUGUGCGCUGUUGGGUUUUCAAGUGAUAUGAAGUGCUGAAUAUGAGCAAUGGCGGUGGGAAGACUGGAAGACAGCUUGAACAGCCUGGCACAUGGGGGAGGAGGAAAGUUGGUGGUGGUGAUGACUAUGCCCGGGCGAUAGCGAAGAUUGCGGUAGCACAGGUGUGCGAAAGCGAGGGAUUUCAGGCGUUUCAGCAGUCAGCUCUUGAGGCGCUGUCUGACGUUGUGGCUCGGUAUAUUUUGAACGUUGGGAAGUCUGCACAUUGCCAUGCUAAUCUUUCAGGUAGAACUGAGUGCCAUGCUUUUGAUGUCAUUCAAGGGUUGGAAGAUAUGGGAUCAGUGCAGGGGUUUGCGGGUGCUUCAGAUGUUGAUCACUGCCUUGAAAGUUCAGGUGUUAUUCGGGAAAUUGUUCAUUUUGUUAAUGAUGCUGAACCGGUUAUGUUUGCACACCCCAUUCCUCAGUUUCCAGUUGUGAAAGAACGGGUGCCUAAUCCAAGCUUUUUGCAAAAAGGAGAAGAGCCUCCUGGGGAGCAUAUUCCUGCUUGGUUGCCUGCGUUCCCUGAUCUACAAACUUAUUCAGAGUCACCGGUAGUGAAUGGAAGAGGGACAGAACCUCGUGCAGUCAAAUUUGACCAAGAAAGAGAGAAUGGCAAAGGGGAGUGGCCUGCAAUGAAUUUCCAGCAGCAGAUGGUCUCAAAUAUGUUUGAAAAGUCUGCCUUGAUUGACCCUGCAGAUGCUAAGGCAAAAAGAGUAGCAGCAGAAGGUAACCCGUUCCUUGCUGCACCUUUGAAAAUUGAGGACAAGGAAGUUGCUUCUGUUCCCCCUCCGGCUAAGCUUUUUAAUGAUGUAGCUCUUGAUAAUCCUGUUGUGGAAAAUUUUGUUGAAAAUGAACCGAUUUCAGCAAUGGAGACAUUUGCUCCAGCAAUUGAAGCGAUGAAAAGCACAUGCUGUGAUUCCAACGAAGAUCAGACAAAAUUUCGUGCAAAUGAGAAGCCUACAGUGCGUUUUAAGAUUGGGAUUAAAAACAAAUUAUUAGGGAAGUCCAUUGGUUUGAUCCCACAAAAAGAGGAGCAUAAAAAUACUUUGCCCUGGUUUGCAAUGGAAGAUGGGAAGGAUGACAGGAAAAGAAGGGCUGAGAAAAUUCUAAGGGAAUCUUUGGAAAACCCAGAUCAGCUUGUUCAGUUGUAAAUUAGAUUGCUUUAAUUAGAAUCUGUAUACUUGAUCUGGAGAAUGUCAGGAUAGCUAGUUCUGGGAUAUUCAAAUUUAGGUAACUGUCUGAUUAUGGGCAUUAUAGGAUGGAUGUUACUAUUUUGCUCUGACUUUUUCUCACUUUUAACAAUCAUUCAGGUAUGUGCAUGUCAAUUGUUUGGUAGAUCAAUUUAUGAUUCUUUCUAUUGAAGUCCUUUGGCACUCUGUAUGAUCUUAUGCUAAAUAUAGCAUAUAAAAACAUCUCAACUUCUGACUUGUGGCAGUUA